GGGCCGGCGCAGUCGGGGAUCCUGACGGACCGGGAGGUGGUGAGCCUGUUCCUGCACUUCACCGUGAACCCCAAGCCGCGGGUGGAGUUCAUCGACCGGCCACGGUGCUGCCUGCGGGGCAAGGAGUGCAGCAUCAGCCGCUUCCAGCAGGUCGAGAGCCGCUGGGGGUACAGUGGGACUAGUGACAGGAUCAGGUUCUCAGUAAACAAAAGGAUAUUUGUAGUUGGGUUUGGAUUAUACGGAUCCAUACACGGGCCAACGGAUUACCAGGUGAACAUACAGAUCAUCCACACGGACAGUAACACAGUCCUGGGGCAGAACGACACCGGCUUCAGCUGCGACGGCUCCUCCAACACCUUCCGCGUCAUGUUCAAGGAGCCCGUGGAGAUCCUGCCCAACGUCAACUACACGGCCUGUGCUACUCUCAAGGGUCCAGAUUCCCACUAUGGAACCAAAGGACUGCGCAAGGUGAUCCACGAGUCCCCCACGACGGGAGCCAAAACCUGCUUCACGUUCUGCUACGCGGCUGGGAACAACAACGGCACCUCCGUGGAGGAUGGACAAAUCCCAGAGAUCAUCUUCUACACAUAGUGCUGCUCCCAGCCCAGCCUGGACUCGACCGUCCCCCGGCACCUCCCGAACUGAAUCUCUGGCUGAGUUUGACCACACCAACUGGAGCCACACUAGCCAAAGGUCUCGGUGAAAUCAUUUCAAAGCUCAUGUCCUGCCUUGUGCUAGUGCUGCUGCUGCUCUCAGGUGCCAGUUGAGCUGGUGUCCCGCUGCCAGCCAGGCUGGUGUCCCAGUGCCAGGCGAGCUGGUGUCCCAGUCCCAUUUGUAGGUUGUCUGUGGCUUGUUGUUUCUCACCUCCUGAUUAACCCCUAUCUAACAACGUGCGGUUUUUUUGGACUGUAAUGAAUGUAGAUGCUUUUCCACCAGUCAGAAGCAAGGAAAUGAGCGGCUCUGGUUGUGGUUUCACCUGGCAGGAGAUCCCCCUG